CUCAAAUCUCUCCACCAAUACCAUUUAUAGAAAAUAGUAAUGUUUGGUUUCCAAAUGUCUCCAUUUGUGCUCUUACUCUUGCUAGUUUGUGCGACUCCAAUCCUUGCUUCAUCAUCCACAAUUCAAGAUCCACAUAUUGUGGUCCAAGAUGUACACAAGAAAAUCAAUUCAUCUCGAAGAAACCUAGGUUACCUCUCAUGCUCAACGGGGAACCCCAUCGACGACUGCUGGCGGUGCAACCCUAACUGGGAGAGCCACCGCCAGCAGUUGGCCGACUGCGCGAUCGGUUUCGGCAAGAACGCGGUCGGCGGCCGGGACGGCCGCAUCUACGUCGUGACCGACCCGGGCAAUGACGACCCGGUGAACCCGCGGCCGGGGACCCUCCGGCACGCGGUGAUCCAGAACGAGCCGCUCUGGAUCAUCUUCAAGAGCGACAUGGUGAUCCGGCUGAGGCAAGAGCUGGUGAUGAACUCGCACAAGACCAUCGACGGGCGCGGCGCCUCCGUGCACAUUGCCGACGGGCCGUGCAUCACCAUCCACCACGCCAGCAACAUAAUCAUCCACGGGAUCCACAUCCACGACUGCAGGAAGGCCGGCAACGCCAACAUUAGGGACUCCCCCAGCCACUCCGGGUGGUGGGAGGAGUCCGACGGCGACGGUAUCGCCAUCUUCGGCGGCCGCGACGUCUGGAUAGACCACUGCUCCUUGUCCAACUGCAACGACGGAUUGAUAGAUGCGAUCCAUGGCUCCACUGCGAUAACCAUUUCGAAUAAUUACUUCACGCAUCAUGAUAAGGUUAUGCUGCUUGGGCACAGUGAUGAGUUCAUGCAAGAUAAGAACAUGCAAGUCACCAUUGCUUUUAAUCAUUUUGGAGAAGGAUUGGUUCAGAGAAUGCCUAGGUGCAGGCAUGGAUAUUUUCAUGUAGUAAACAAUGACUAUACACAUUGGGAAAUGUAUGCGAUUGGUGGGAGUGCUUCUCCAACAAUUUAUAGCCAAGGGAAUAGGUUUCUUGCCCCCAAUAAUAUGGUUAAAAAAGAGGUGACAAAGCACGAGGAUGCGCCCGAAAGCGAGUGGAGAGGGUGGAAUUGGAGGUCGGAAGGCGAUUUGAUGCUCAACGGGGCGUAUUUCCGGCAGUCAGGGCAGGCGGGAGCUUCGUCGGCGUACGCAAGGGCGUCAAGUUUGAGCGCAAGGCCAUCUUCUCUUGUGGGAACAAUGACUGUUGCCUCUGGUCCACUUAAUUGCAAGAGGGGAUCUCGUUGCUAGUUCAAAUUCAUCGAUUCCCACAUAUAUAUUACCAAUAUCUAAAUUAAGAGAUGAAACAUAAGUCAAACCUAGGAUUAGAAUUGACUUAUGAAGAUAUAUAGCACGUAUUAAUUAUGUCUGUUGCGUGAUUGGUGUUGAAAUACACUUGGAAAUUCUACAUAAUGGGGCGCCAAUAUGGUAUGUCUUGGUCUUCGAUGAAAGUGGAAAACCAAGACAACGCAUUUGUCAAACCCUUUUGAGAAAAAAGUGGACUUGAUGCAUCUUGCCAAAA